UUCGUCCCCGGCGGGAGAAACGCGGCUGCGUCGCCACGCCCCUCGGCGUAGAGUUGCGUCGCCACCGUGAGGGCGGGACAUCCUCUUCGAAGCCCGGCGCUUCCGCCGCCGUCCGGAAGUCAAGAGCUGGUACUUCAGUACUGACCCCUUAGCUCACCUUGCUUAUCCCGGGUUCGAUCUGUCCUACCUUAGGCGACCCCGGGCACUGUUGCUAGGCCCCCAACGAAGCGCACGUCGCAGAUCCCCCGCCUUCGGUCUUAUCCCCGGCGCGGUUGCUCGCCUUGUUUACCGGCUGAGGUGACUUGCUGCGUUCCGGACCGCCCAUGGCUGGGGCUGCCCCAACCACGGCCUUUGGGCAAGCUGUGAUCGGCCCGCCGGGCUCGGGGAAGACCACAUAUUGCCUGGGCAUGAGUGAGUUCUUGCGCGCGCUAGGCCGGCGCGUGGCCGUAGUGAACCUGGACCCGGCCAACGAGGGCCUGCCGUACGAGUGCGCUGUGGACGUGGGCGAGUUGGUGGGGUUGGGCGACGUGAUGGACGCGCUGCGGCUAGGGCCCAACGGCGGCCUGCUCUACUGCAUGGAGUACCUGGAAGCCAACCUGGACUGGCUGCGUGCCAAGCUCGACCCCCUCCGUGGCCACUACUUUCUGUUCGACUGCCCAGGCCAGGUGGAGCUCUGCACGCAUCAUGGCGCCCUGCGCAGCAUCUUCUCCCAAAUGGCAAAGUGGGACCUUAGGCUGACUGCUGUCCACCUCGUGGAUUCUCACUACUGCACAGACCCAGCCAAGUUCAUUUCAGUACUGUGCACCUCCCUGGCUACCAUGCUUCACGUGGAGCUGCCACAUGUCAACCUCCUCUCCAAAAUGGACCUCAUUGAGCACUAUGGGAAGCUGGCCUUCAACUUGGACUACUACACAGAGGUCCUGGACCUCUCCUAUCUACUUGAUCACCUGGCAUCUGACCCUUUCUUCCGCCACUACCGGCAGCUCAAUGAGAAACUGGUGCAGCUCAUAGAAGACUAUAGCCUAGUCUCCUUCAUUCCUCUGAACAUCCAGGACAAGGAGAGCAUUCAGCGAGUCCUGCAGGCUGUGGAUAAAGCCAAUGGCUACUGUUUCGGGGUCCAAGAACAGCGAAGUCUGGAGGCUAUGAUGUCUGCUGCAGUGGGAGCGGACUUCCAUUUCUCCUCCACUCUGGGCAUCCAGGAGAAGUACUUGGUCCCCUCGGACCAGUCAGUGGAGCAGGAAGCCAUGCAGCUAUAGCAGCAAGCUGAGCCCUGGAGAGCAGGAUGCAUAACCCAGCAGUGGGGAAAGUGGAGGCUCCCGGUGAGCAGUGGACAGCUCAGCAAGCUGCAGACCCAAGAGCAAGUCCAGCCAGAGCUGGGAGGCUGGCAAGGGGACACCCAGCUCUGCAAAGGACUUCUAGCCAAAAAACCGGACGUGGCACCAAGCAGAGCACCUACCACAGCCUCCAUGGUGCUCAUGAACUCUGGACCCUGCCACCAGGAAGUUGAGCACUGGUUCCACUCAGGCUGUGAUGGAAUGAGAGUUUAUUUUCUACUUUUUAAUGCCUUCCAAACUUUUCUUCAAUCCUCCAGGCCCAGGGGAUUGGGGCAGAACAAGGAAAUGUCACCUUCCCUUGCAAGAGUCCUGUUUCUGCAUACAGGUCAGUGCUUCUCCAAAGCACAGGAUCCAUCAUAUUCGGAGAUUGACACUCUGUUUCCAAUUGUGUGUUUUGUUAGUCUUGAGUUUUUGUUUUUGUUUUUUUAUUUUUUUAGAGAUGGUCUUGCUAUGUUGCCCAGGCUGGAUUUGAACUCCUGGGCUCAAAUGAACCUCCUGCCUCAACCUCCCAAGUAGCCGGGACUGUAGGCAUGCUGCUGCACCGAACAAUCUUCAGUUUUAACAGUGAACCUCAAGCCCAAGCCUUCAUAGGCAACACUUCUAGCUAGGCCUUAUUAAUGUUUUAGUUUAUUUGUAUUUAUUUUAUGAUUUUGUUCUAUUUUUGAUAAGUAUUAACUAGUUUUCCAUUUACAAUAGUAAUUAAAAGUUUACUUCAAGAAUGAAAUUUAUACAAAGUGAGUUGUUUAGGGAAAUAUAUUAAGUAUAUAAUAUGACAAUUGUUAUGAGGUUGUGGCAAAAAUUAAGAUGGCUUAAAGUUUGGAAAUACUGGUGUUUGGCUUACUUUGUUCUUGCAGCUGGUCAAAUGCAUUCAUAUUUUCAACCGGUAGGUGGCGUCUCAGACUUAUUUUUUACAAUUGUAACCUGGCAGCAGAAGGGGAGGGAUUGAUGGCCUGGGGAAGACUUGUGCCACAAGUCGUGUUUGCAGACAUUCAGGCCUUUUAACACAUGUGAAGGGCUUAGCAUUUUGCAGAGUGCUUCCACACAUAUUCUCAUUAGAGAUAGACAAGAUGGGGACUAUUACUAAGCCAUUAACUCAUUUUACAGUGAGGAACCAGAAAGAUGAGGAGUUGAACUAUGGUCAGCCUGAGUCUGUCAAUAGCCCACUUUGUUGAGUGAAUUGUGAGUGUCCCUCCUUUGGUACACUUAUUGGUGAAGAGUCACAGCCCUUAUCCCACAGGAUUUGUAGCCAAUCAGGAGAAAGAAUUUAGGCACCUGAAAAGUGUUAUUACUGAAUCAUAAAUCAAGGGAAAGAUAGGUCACUGAUGGUUUGCUCAGUUGGUGAAUUCGGUUUAGGAAAAUCUAUUCUGAAACAGCAUUGAAAUAGUGGUGACCGAAUUUUGCUUUCUGGUUUUGGCAGCCAGAGCUGAAGGCAGAAGAGUAAGGGGCUAUGAGGAGGCUACUAUGGCUGGAACAGUAUGAAAGCAGCCGACCACAGCUCCCACGCCUGGCUGUAUAGGGGAUAAUAACUGGGUGCUGCUUCCCAGCUUCUUUCAUCUGAGGAGUUCAAAGCACCUCACCCCUAUUAACACCCUGCACAGUAGGUGGGGAGUAUCAACAGAGUGAGCCAGGGAAACUGAGGCCAAGAGGCACAGCUCAGGGCUGGCUGUGAGUCACCUGUGGCUCCUGGAGCCCAGGAGUUCUGACGCCCAGGCUGCUGGACAAUUUCUUGAGGGCAUAAGGGUAGGUGUUAUGUUUUUGAAAGCAGUACUGAUAGCUGUGGUCAUGGGUUUUGAUGGUUACCCAUCACAAAAGGCCCAGUUCUCACUGAAACAAACCAGGUGUGGGGCUGGAAGGCGUCAUUUAGAGCUUUAUGGCCUCAUAUCCAAGCACCCUCAGCAUUUACUCUCUAUAGUCAUGGAGUGGAGAGGGAUGGAAGUAAUCCAGAACUUUAUUUUCUGGCCUUGAUGUGACAGCAUGGGUAUUUUCUUCCCCAAUAAAUGUCGCUUCUGUCUAC